GAAUGAAAAAGCCUCUGGUACCUUCUAGUCUGGCAAAAUGCAGCACAAAACUCAACUUACUCUGUCCUUUCUGCUGUCCCAGGUUCUGCUGCUCGCAUGUGCGGAAGAUUUAGAAUGUGUCCCUGGAUUCCAGCAAAAGGUUUUUUAUAUUGAACAGCCAUUUGAAUUCACAGAGGACCAACCAGUUCUGAAACUGGAAUUUGAUGACUGCAAGGGGAAUAACAAAUUGAACUUCGAAGUUUCUAACCCAGACUUUAAGGUGGAACGUGAUGGGUCUUUAGUUGCACUAAAGAAUAUAUCAGAAGCUGGCAGAGCCUUGUUUGUCCACGCGCGGUCUGAGCAUGCUGAGGAUAUGGCAGAAAUUUUGAUUGUUGGAGCAAAUGAAAAACAUGGUGCAUUAAAGGAAAUCUUAAAGAUAGAAGGCAACCUUGGAAUUCCAAGACAAAAAAGGGCUAUUUUGGCAACUCCAAUAUUAAUUCCUGAAAAUCAAAGACCACCGUUCCCCAGAUCUGUUGGCAAAGUCAUCAGCCGUGAAGGGACAGAGGGAGCAAAGUUUCGACUCUCUGGUAAGGGAGUAGAUCAAGACCCAAAAGGAAUUUUUAGAAUCAAUGAGAUCAGUGGGGAAGUCUCCGUGACCCGAACCCUUGAUAGAGAAGCAAUUGCCAAUUAUGAACUUGAAGUUGAGGUCACAGAUGUAAGUGGAAAAACCAUUGAUGGUCCAGUCCGCCUAGAUAUUUCUGUUAUUGAUCAAAAUGAUAACAGGCCAAUGUUCAAAGAAGGACCCUACGUUGGUCAUGUCAUGGAGGGAUCCCCUACAGGAACGACUGUGAUGCGUAUGACAGCGUUUGAUGCUGAUGACUCUAGCACAGACAAUGCUCUCCUGCGGUAUAACAUCCUCAAACAGACGCCUACCAAACCGUCUCCAAAUAUGUUCUAUAUUGACCCAGAAAAGGGAGAUAUUGUUACAGUGGUGUCACCUGUACUGUUGGAUCGUGAGACUAUGGAAACCCCAAAAUAUGAGCUAGUUAUAGAAGCUAAGGAUAUGGGUGGUCUUGAUGUGGGACUAACUGGAACAGCAACUGCCACUAUUCUUAUUGAUGACAAAAAUGACCAUCCACCAGAAUUUACCAAGAAGGAGUUUCAAGCCACAGUAAAGGAGGGAGUCACAGGUGUAAUAGUAAACUUAACCGUUGGUGACCGAGAUGACCCAGCAACCGGAGCAUGGAGAGCUGUCUACACCAUUAUUAAUGGAAAUCCAGGGCAGAGUUUUGAAAUCCAUACCAAUCCCCAGACUAACGAGGGAAUGCUCUCUGUUGUCAAACCUUUAGACUAUGAGAUUUCAGCGUUUCACACGCUGCUGAUCAAAGUAGAAAAUGAAGACCCGUUGAUUCCAGACAUAGCCUAUGGCCCCAGUUCCACGGCGACAGUUCAGAUCACUGUUGAGGAUGUGAAUGAAGGCCCAGUUUUCCACCCAAACCCAAUGACAGUGACAAAACAAGAAAACAUCCCUAUUGGCAGUGUUGUGUUAACAGUAAAUGCCACUGAUCCAGACACUCUGCAACAUCAGACUAUCAGGUAUUCGGUUUACAAGGAUCCAGCAGGCUGGCUAGAAAUAAACCCUACCAACGGUACCAUUGGCACCACGGCUAUCCUGGAUCGGGAAUCUCCUUAUGUUCAGAAUAACAUAUACACUGCUCUCUUUCUGGCAAUAGACAGCGGUAACCCUCCCGCUACAGGUACAGGAACUUUACACAUCACCUUGGAGGAUGUCAAUGACAAUGUCCCAUCCCUUUAUCCAACACUGGCCAAAGUUUGUGACGAUGCAAAAGAUCUCAGGAUAGUGGUACUAGGAGCGUCCGACAAAGACCUUCAUCCCAACACAGACCCAUUCAAGUUUGAACUGAGUAAGCAAUCUGGCCCAGAAAAAUUGUGGAGAAUCACCAAACUUAACGAUACUCAUGCCCAGGUUGUCCUGCUUCAAAACCUGAAAAAGGCCAAUUACAACAUCCCAAUCUCAGUGACAGAUUCUGGAAAACCACCUCUGACUAACAACACAGAACUGAAAUUACAAGUGUGUUCCUGCAAGAAAUCCAAAAUGGACUGCAGUGCAACUGAUGCCCUUCAUAUCAGCAUGACCCUUAUCCUUCUUUCACUCUUCAGUUUAUUUUGUCUGUAAGAGCUCCUGACAUUUGAAGCUGUACUACCGAGUUGCCAUGGCAACGAGAAAAAAGAAAACGUCAGAUCUGAAGAUUGCAGUUUACAGUUACUGUUCUUCACUACUAGGCCUCAGUUGCUCCAGAUUCAGUUUAAUUUGCAACCUCACUUAAUCUGUCCGACUAUACAUUGGUGUUUGACAGCCUCUACCCUAACUCCCGUUUAUUAAUGGAUUCCUCUUGCAAGACGCAAGGUUUAUGCGAAUUAUCUCUGAAUGUCAAAAGACCACGACAUCUAAACUGGACCUUGGGGGAGCAGAAAACAGAUUGACUCCAUUUUUUUCUAUCUGUUGACUUGUUGCUAUUCAACUGUUCAGAAAAUAUUUUGUCUGUGGGUUAGUAUUUGUAUAUGUAUGAGUGUAUGUAUAUAUAUAUAUUUAUAUAGAGAGAAGAGUUAUACAACAGGUUUAGCUUUUAUAAAAUAUUCAUCUGGAGUGGGCAAGGGACAAAGCAGAAUAACACAGCCACAGAUGAAUUGUAACUAUUCUACCAUGGCUAAACCUACUGUAUUUGCUGUUUAUAGUGUGGCCAGAAGGAGAGAGCCUAAUCCAAUCAUACCACUACAACAGCCGCUUUGUCGACACAAAUAAAGCAGGUCCGGGGCUCUGCGGCGUCACUUCUUGUACCUCAGGUUCGGCAAACAAGAAAUGCAAGUCCCCCCGGCUCGUUUCUGAUCUGAACUGCUUUCCUUAUGCCCCAAAUGGAAUUUACAAUCCAGCAGGAGCCCGGCGCUUGGCUCCCCAUUUCAGCGGGAGCAGCGCCGGGAGGUUCCGCAAAGCUCGGAUUUGCGAGAAAGCCGGGAGCAGCCAGCUGCGACCGACACUGCAUGGGUCACCAUUUCCAGCAGUGGAAGCGCUGGGCCUGAUUUCAGAGGGGCUCAAGUCAGCUUCCUUUAUGUUCCUGCAGAUAAUUAUUUGCUGGGGCAGUCUGCAAAAUUUCAGUCUUUCGUCAGCUCUGCAGACACAGUUAAGUAGGUAGAGGUCUGCGCAGGAGAAGCUGAUUAGAACAGCAAAAGCAAAGUAUUUCUUGGAAGCACUGGUCUCUCUCUCAGCCUCUCUGCAGUUGUCAUGACAUACAUAAGCGCAAGGAGGAAAACAGAUGCCCUGUUCUAUAAAUAUAUUCACACACACACAUAUAUAUAGUUUUGAAUAUAUAUAUACAUACAUACACAUGUACACAGAGUUUCCAGUUAAGAGUAACAAGAGCAUUUCUUUGUGUGUGUAAACUUACCACACUUGUUUGCAGACAUGGAAAAAAAAGGGUGUUCGUUACAUAUCAAUAUCAAUCCUUUUUUACUCUGUGAGCAUGUAAGGUUAAAAAAAAAAACCUUUCUAACUGUUUCAAGAUGAUCAUCUUGUUAAUAAAUUGUAAAUGAUCCAUCAAAGCUCACACCAAAUUUUUAUAAAAGUAACACAAAAGUAUACUAGUGACAGACUGUGGCUUUUAUUAGAGCUUGCCAGUAACUAGGGUAAGGUAAGUGUCUUAGAAUAUUUUAAUAAACUUGCUUAUUUAAAGUUUAAACAAGAAAGCUUCCUUAUGCAAUAGAACUUUGCAGCUGCAUUCUUUAGUUAGCAUUUUUACAGUACUUAUGAGUCAUACCGUACGUCUAUAUGUCUACAGUGAGAUUAUGAGCAUAUCUUCCACGCCACAUAUAUGUUUCAAUGGUAAAGCUUUUUGGAAGCAUUAAAAAGUCCAAACAUACAUUAAGUUUUCCAUAAUGCUACACUAGAUAUUAAAUGUGUGUUGGUAGUUAAAAA